UUUACUGUAUGGUAAGGGAGGCCGAGCAGUCAGCUGGGAGAGUAAAUAUAUUUGGGCGGGUAACUGUGAGGUGUUGGAGGGGAGGAUGUGGUACUUUGUAACUGUUCUAGUCUUCAUUUCCUGAGGAAUAAUGUCUGAAGGAACAAUGUCGAUGACUCCCCCUCUGACUCCCCCGGUGGAGAAGGGGGAGGUCAUGAUGGACAGUGACAGCCUUGACUACAUGGAUUUCUUCAUCAGUGAGCUUAAUACAUCUCCAGCCAAGGAAGAAAGAGUAUGUUCCUUGGCUACAAAUGAUGGCCCACUGUUAUUUUCCUGCAUGGGAGAGGUUCGUUGGACCGAGAACAUCAGCAACAUGUCUUGUGUCGGUCAAGAAGUCUUGGCACAGCUCCUUCGGCAUAUAAAUCCCUGUCCCACAGCUCUUCUCUCCUCUGAAGUUAUAUUCAACUUACCGUGCACACAAGACAACCUGCACCUCAAUCUCGCCCACUUUUUUACUGCCGUCAGGCAAGGUGUAACACAACUGGAGAGAGGAGCCCAGUCGGGCUUAUGUAUGACUCAGAGUUGUCACGAUGUUCAGUACCCAAAGAUCCGACAGGACAUUGCGACCUUCUUGAACUGCCUUGUAUCCUAUGUUCAUACCCUGGGGUGUGAUGACAAUGAAGAGUUUCUUCACUCGGUGGUUGCUGAGGUUUUGGACAUGUUGCUCUACCUUGGUCCGUUGCAUGAGUUACCAGAGCAUGUGACAUCUGCAAGUUCUUCUCAGGGGAAUAAGUGCCCGUCUGCUGCUUACCACUUACUCCAUCUUCAUUUAGAUGUACGGUGGUGGAGCCUUGUUCUCCUGCACCUUGUAGAGUCAGCCUUUGGUUUUACCCCUCAAGCUGCUUCUCACUCCGUGGAUUCUCUCAUCUUGGUAUCAGAGCCACAGGGACCCCAGGGUGGAGCUUCAUCAGAAUUAAUUGAACACUCGCCCAUAGAGGAGUGUAUCUCCAUGGUAGUGUGGGACCUGAUCACCGUCAUGCUUCGGAAAGGACUCAAGAAGAGUGUGAGUGACUUGUACCAAGUGGCAGGAUUUUCCUGUACUUGUUCACUGGAGAUGGGACUGAUGACACUCCACCUCUUGGACCACAGACAUGCUCAUCAUGGCAAGAAGAAUUACUGGGAGCAAAUAAAGCGCAGGCUAUUAGUUCUCCUGAAAGUCUACAGUGAGUCCUCUACCCCAUCCACACAAACGUCUUCCAGUACCUCCUCACCAUCGUCCACCUCCAUGUUGUCCUCAGAGCAAAAUUUCCAAGUCAUUCAGUACCCAGCAGCCAUUGUUAAGGGAGCUCAACUUCCUCAUAUAUGGUGGAUCUUCUAUAACUUCUCUCAACUUUAUGGGUACGAUAUGAAUGGAAAGAAAAUAAUGGAGAAAUCAAUUGAAAUUAAAAGUGAGACAAAGCUACUAAGAACGCUAAUCAAGUUAUCUCUCGGUGAACCCAAAAGUGGAUCCCAACCAACAGAAGCCGAGCUGCGAUUUUAUGUGCGAUGUUGUUUCAGUCUAAGUCAACUGUGGGGGGGAGAGAAGAGCAGUGAGUGGGCUGUAGCUCUUUGGGAUUAUUUUUCCAAGCACCUUGAUUCAUCUUUUCUCCUCCCCGGUGCAGGUCUGGAAGGACUGGCGUGUGUUAGUAAAACUGCAAGUGGAUGGUUAGAGCAAGUUAGGUCCCGAACUUGCAACUUGGCAGCAAUAGGAAAGUCCGAAACAUCAUGGCAAAUUUUUCUCAGGAUUGUUGUGGGAGUGGUGGAGACCAGUCCAGCAGAAUGGCGGCAGGUGAGAGGCCGUAUCUACUCUAAGUUUCACGGACGCAAGAUGUCGGAGCUUUCACCACUGGGCCUCUAUAACUCCAGCACACUCUUCCUCACCCUGGCCAACACAACAGAUCUUGUUGGUGUGAGCAACAAACUAGGUGAACUAUUGUAUAUGGUUCCAACGUCCAGUGUCAGUAAAUCACGAAUUGUGUGGCGAGGAUACUUGGCAACCAUGUUGUUGUUGUUAGAGUCUGGGUGUGACAUAUCUCCAGUUGUUAAAAAAUUUAGUCCUAUUUUAGCAGCCACCUGCCAUGAGUACAUAACAUCCAGAGAUUCCAUGCAUAGAAGGGACUUGGGGCAACUGAUCACAAUAUAUGCUGAUGGAGUCCAGGAAGUGUUUGACCAGAGCUUUAACCUGACACUAUCGCAACAUUCCCUCAUAUGUGGAGGUUUGAGUGGUGUUCUCCAACAUGCCAGUAGUAUUGAAAUGAAGGCUAUUCUUGGUGCCUCAGACACCGCCCUCACUAAGGUUAUUGACAUCUCUUCAAAACCUCAGUACCUGGCAGGGUUAAAUACGGAAAUUGUGGAUGUUAUUUGGAGAGAAUUUGGUUCGUUCAUCAAAUCUCACGCUACCACUCUGACACCACCAGCAGUCCUUGGAACAGUUGCUGCUUCUCUCACCUUCUGCUUGGGUCACAAUGUUAGUAAUCCUACUUCAGGAAACAAAGAAGCUGCUUUGGGACUGUUUACUUAUUUUACUACAAAUGAUGCUGUGAAUCCACUAUCCACUCUGCAGUAUGUCUCAUCCCUCCUAGAAAUACCAGGCAGCAUAUCCAUGUUGAGUGACAUUUGUUCAGCAUAUGAGGGUCAUUUAAUCUCUGGUUGGUUAUCAAGUUUAAUAAUAAUGGGAAACUGUGAUGAGGCAAUUGCACUCACUCCCAAGAUGAUGAGUUUGCCCGGAGUAGCAGAAGUUCUCCAUCGUCAUCCACCUGCAUGCCCAUUUGCAGCGGCAAAGUGUCUGGCAGAAGGAGUUGCUAAGAAAUAUUCAGAAACACAGAUCUUCACAACCCGUGUAGCCUUUAGAGAUGCAGCCUUACAAUACUUCUCUGGGCUAGACAAGGCUUUGGGGAUCUUGUUGAAGAAAGUUCCCCCACCAGAUCAUCUCUCAUCAGUCUUAGAAAUGGUGGCUGAUCUUUUCUUUCAUGCACAUUCCAUUAUCUACAUUAAGUCAAGAGUCACCUGUCCUAUGCCAGGCCUCAUCAGUACACUUCUUCUCCCGAGUGCAGUGUAUGAGCCUGAGAAGCCCCUCAACUCACACUUGGCCUUGGCAUUAGCUAAUACUUUACCAAAGAUGGUGUGUGCGAUGGGGUGCCUGGGCUUGGCUCAAGACCCAUACCUGGUACGUUGCGUCAGGAACGUCUUCACACACUACAUGUACCGCUUCCCAGUCAAGACCAGUAACAGCUACACAUCCACAACACACCCUUUUAUUAUUUGUCUCCACAAUGGGGAUGUGCGAGAGGAGGCGAUACAAGAAUUACGAUCCGUGUUUCUGGAGGUCGUGCGUGACAGUUACUUGCGCAGGCGAGGUGUCAGCAAUGUACAUCUUCAAAUGGUAAUUUCCUUGGUGCUGGAACUUUUGAAUAAAAGUACGAGUGAGUGGAUGGAGGGGGUGUGUUGCACAUUAUUUCUACCCCUCCUGGAGCUACUACUUACACUGGAGGAGCCAACAACGAAAAGGGUUGCAACUGACCUCCUCCAAAAGUUGCUACAAGAGGUUCGAGAUCAAGACACAUUUUGCAGAAGUAAACUGGUGAGGAGUGUGAGACGACUGGUGAUACAACACCUGUCAUGGUCGUCGGCAAAAUUGUUCCGUGUGUUGGGAGUCAUUGGAGUGCUGCACAAACAACUGAUUGUCGAGUGUCUCCCACACAUAGCUCAAGCUGUUACAGCUACAGAGGAAAAAAGGGGAAUAGGACUGGAUCACACACUUCGACAUGGCUACCAGGCUCUACUGGCCAGCUUAGGUGUGAAUGAAGAAGAUAUAAUAUUUGCAUAGAUUUUUUUUAAGUGUGAGGAAGAGUUAGUGCAAAACGCUAUUAUUUAUUAUUUUUUUAAUUAAACUGUUUCUAUUUAAAUACUGUACUUUUAUUGAAAAAAAAUGAAGACCAAACAAUGUAAAAUAUUAACAUAUCCCAUUUUGUUACUGUAGUUGUAGAUAAAAAAAAUUACUGUUGACAGCCAAAUUACAAAGUUUCAGCAGUUAUGUUGAACUACAACUUCUAGUAGAGUAAACCCUCAACAUUUGCGGGGGUCAAGUUCCUCAAAAACACAGCGAAUGUGAAAUCUGCGAAUGUUAAACAUAAGACCUUAUGGUAAAAAUUGGGACUAGGGGAUCCACACCCUCGAAGAGGUAAGUUCUGUUCAGAAUUUCGUUCUACACCGACGGUAAAGGGCACAUGCAGAGUCAAACUGACAACGGGACAGUUUGAUUCAAAUGGAGACUCAUCAAAAAGAGAUGGAAAAGAUGUUAACAUGAAUAUUGGCCAACGUUAGUGCUGAUGGUUGAUGAAGAUGAGUUAAUAUACAAUGGGAAAAUCAGUUUUGAAUGAACACUAUAAGAAGUAGUUGAACAAAGUUCAUAUAUCAGGAGUCUUCAAUGUAUUCAUAACUUGAAGUUUUUCAUAUAAUCUAGCUAGGAAGAGAAGGAGAGAGAGAUGAGGGUUGUAUUUUGAAGGGUCAGCGACAAGUCCAUUAGCUACUCGAUAAGAGAAUGAGAUAUGGUGGCCAGAUGUGGAUUUUUUAGCUAUAGGAUGGCAGUGUGUGAGAUGCAGUGAGUGCACGAGGUGGUCUGGUUACGUGUCCGGAGACGACUUCUAACCUAUAUCAAGCAACUGUGCGUCAGUGACCCAGCUACAGAGUUUAGUGAACGGUGAUAACUCACCCAAAAUCGUCUGCUACUGUUUUUAAACAUGUCAUAACAACAGAUCUGUCAAGAGUGAAUUUGAGCAAUUGAAUUCAGCCAACUUGGGAAGUUAAUCACUUGAUUGCUAUUAUUAUAAGAAGCGAGUUAAAUACGAGGUUUGAUGGAUACUGUUUGUGUGUUUGGUAUUUACAACUGAUAGUGGGACAUGUAUUUCCAGGUAUGACCGAAUAAACAUUUUCAUGUUUUA